AUGGUUCCUCUAACACUCUGUGGUGUCCUGUUUACGAAGAGCCUGUUCAAGAAGGGCUACAUUGAUUAUACUUACUUGAUAUCCUAUAUUUGCUCGCCCUUGAUGGCACUGAUGCAUUGCCGCAUCGAGAGCCCCUCCAUGUACUCUGCCAGCGUCAACUUCAGCAUUGCGGGUGAAGGUCUGUCGAUUCUCCUGCUUAUUUGUGUCGCCUUCUUGGUUCGUCAAAAGCCUGAGAAGAAGUACCACAAGCUAUUCAUUGUCUCCUUCUUUGCCAUCUUGGUCUGUGCUUUGUUUUCCAAGAACCCCGGUAUCUGGUGGAUGUCGGCCUAUUUAGCACUGUUUACUGUAGUGAUUACCAAAUUGACAGAGGACUACAUGUAUGAAACCUAUGAAAGAUUGCCUAGCACUGAAACACAAUAA